AUGGAGAACAGCACAGAAGUGACCCAGUUCAUUCUUGUGGGACUAACAAAUAAACCACAACUCCAAAUCCCCUUCUUCAUCAUCUUCCUUCUCAUCUUCCUCAGCACUCUCCUUGGGAACCUGGGGAUGAUGGGAUUGAUCAUUCUGGACUCUCGUCUCCACACGCCCAUGUACUUGUUCCUCAGUAACUUAUCCCUGGUGGACUUUGCGUAUUCCUCAGCUGUCACCCCCAAGGUGAUGUCAGGACUCCUCACAGGAGAUAAAAUCAUGCCCUACAAUUCCUGUGCCACACAGUUCUUCUUCUUCGUGGGCUUCAUCACCACUGAAAGUUUUCUCCUGGCUGCCAUGGCUUAUGAUCGCUAUGCCGCAGUGUGCAAGCCUCUGCACUACACCACCACCAUGACCACAAAUAUGUGUGCCUCUCUGACCACAGGCUCCUAUGUCUGUGGCUUCCUGAAUGCCUCUAUCCAUACUGGGAACAUUUUCAGGCUCUCCUUCUGCAGGGACAAUGUGGUUGACCACUUUUUCUGUGAUGCCCCUCCCCUCUUAGCCCUCUCAUGCUCAGAUACCUACAUUAGUGAGAUGGUUAUUUUUUUUGUAGUGGGCUUCAAUGCUCUCUUUUCCAUCCUAGUCAUCUUGGUCUCCUACCUGUUUAUAUUCAUCACUAUCCUCAGGAUGCGCUCCUCUGAAGGACGCCAGAAGGCCUUCUCCACCUGUGCCUCCCACCUCACCGCAGUCUCCAUCUUCUAUGGCACAGUCAUCUUCAUGUACUUACAGCCCAGCUCCAGUCACGCGAUGGGCGCAGACAAAAUGGCAUCUGUAUUCUACACUAUGGUGAUCCCCAUGUUGAACCCACUGGUCUACAGCCUGAGGAACAAAGAGGUUAAGAAUGCCUUCACCAAGGCUGUGGGGAAAGCAAAAUCUUCUAUAUCAGUCAUGUUUUAG